AUGGCGGGUCAGAGACGAUCCCUUUUCUCUAUCCCCUCUGGUAUUCUCAGCUCCAAUCGGACGUCGCUCGACAGGCUCCAAUCUCCCAAUUUCAGCUCGUCAAGUGCAAUUGGCCAAUCCCUAAGUAUCGAUCUCUCCAAUGAAGAAAGCAAAAGGCGAUUAUUCUUUUGUGAUUGUGGGUGUGGAGUAAUGUAUUGUGUGUUUUGGAUUUACAGGCUUCUGUAUAGAGAUUCAUGUCAGCAUCCUAUGAGUUAUGAUGAGCAAUUUGCCACCGACAAGCGACAACCAGUUGAGGAAAAUGUUCCAGAUCUAUGGGAAUGGCUGAUUGGUGAAGAACUACCCCCGGAGCCAGUGAGCGUUCCAAGAAAUAGAAAAUGA